AUCUUUCCUCUCACUACUUAGCACAUCUCCGCUGCAAGUUCAUUGUGCUCGUCAACGUCUCCAAUGGUACAUUCCACGCACGAUGGUCGCUAGUUUGGUAGCUGCUGGAGUGCUUUGAAGUUUGGGGAGAUAAUGCAACAUUGUCGUGCACCUAGACACUCACACAGUACAAUAAUCUUGUGCUUGAUGAGGCCUUUGCCGUCCCUUUACGUACCACACAUACUAACUAGGGUACUGCGGCCUAUUCGCAUCAAUUCAGGCGACUUAGAGCUGAUCUACUACUUCCUAAGUAGCAGCUUGUAUCUCUACAUCACAGCACAAAGUCAAGAUCUACGCUCGAAUCGUGCCAUGCACCACGCUCUAUUUCUCCCUGACAUUACAUCUAAUAUCUUCGAGUUCCUAAAUCCGUUUCUAUCAGGACCCGAAGGCUCUCAUCAGCCCAAUCCACUUCGUCUGCAGGAUCUCGCAGCAGUUGCGACAACGUGCCAUGCGUUGAGCGGUCCAGCACUCGAUGUGCUAUGGGAUACUUUAGUAUGCUUCGGACCAUUGCUGAUGUGCAUGCCACCGUCCGUCAUUGAAGUUUGUGUCCGUGUUGUUGGGGAGGAUGACGACCCCGACCCACCAUACGAGGAACGAAGCAUUCACUUAAUUCGAAAACCUUUGCCCUCGGAUAUGUUACGAAUGCUUCCUUACGGUCGACGGAUCAAGAGGAUAGGUUCGCCUGUAGCCAAAUGUCGAUGGCCUCUCCCCGAUAAAUUUCGGAUCUCCAAUCAUGUCAUCAAUUGGCUUCUUUCGGUCUACCCUAUAGAGCUUUUUCUACCCCGUCUCACUCACAUGCGCUGUCCCCCCAGCAUCAUGAUGGAUGAAAGAGAGGACAUUUCAUGGGUGCCGUUAUCUCGGAGUCACCUCGCGAGUCUCGAAUAUUAUCUCACACUCGACAACAAUGUGGAAAGCUGGUC